GUGUGUGUGUGCGUCUGUUUACGCCCACAGUUUUUUUUGUGCGCGUUUGUGUGUGUGAUGCUGUCGCUCAGUCUGACAGGUAUAGUGUUGAGGAGGAGAGGCUGGCACACGCAGAGAUGCGGCAGCUCUCUCUUCCACGGCGUCCUUGCCCAUUCAACCCAGGCUGACAGUGAGCUGCCUCACACAUGGCCCGGGCCUCAUGCAUAUGGAGGAGGGCAGACGGAGGGAAAACAGGAAUAACAACUACCUGUUUAAUCCCUCAGUUUGUCUUCCUGGCUGUGGGCCUCACAGGGGCCACCUUCUAUCUGAUUCGUCUGGCAAGAGGACCACAUGUCACCCUCUGGGACAGGAAGAACAACCCAGAGCCCUGGAACAAGCUCGACCCGACCUACCAGUACAAGUUUGUGGCCGUCAACACAGACUACAAGAACCUGAAGAAAGAUGGCCCUGACUUCUAAAGGUCCUCCAGGCAACUCCGGGGGCACCAAGUUUGGCGUGACCUCCUGCUGCCAUGUCUUCCAG